AUGCUUAUCCUCGCUCUCGCCGCUGCUAGUAGCCAUCUCAACCUUCUCGGACUCAGUGGCAUGGUGGUCGGUGGCAGUCAAGCCAAGCUCGAUCUGCAUCUGGCCGAUCUGCUCAGUACCUUUGACUUCGGUGCCCUCGGUUUGACGCCAAAUCUGUGCGGCCGCGUCUCACGGAGACCUCCGAAACUACACUGGGUGUGGUAUCAUUGGGAUUGA